AUGCAGAUCGUCUAUAUAUUCUUGGGUUGGUUUUUGAUUUUCAAAUAACCGUGAAUUGAAGAAAAAAGGUUUAUUUUGCGAAUUUUGAGGCUUCAUUCUGUUGACGUUUUGUGAAGCGAUGAACGACGACGACCGCAUGGUCGGCUGGAACAAAGGCCACGGCUUGUGGGGCAAACGCUCCCUCAGUUCCGAGGUUCGCGCUAUCCAAGUACUUCAUUUCAUGAUUUUUAACAAGUGCCACUCAAAUGAGCAUGAAAAGCGCUUUAUUUCCAUGUAAGUAUUGAUUUAUAGAAGUGGGUAGAUCAAAAGUUAUGAUCCUUGAAAGAUAAGGAAGCUGAUUUAAAAUGCUUUCGUUCCGAGGAUCGUGUUAUCGAAUUAUUUGAUUGAAGAUGAGAAAAUCUUCAUUUUGAUAUAGAUAUUGAUUAAUAGUAGUUUGUAAGUCAAAAGUUAUGGGUCUUGAAAAAAAGCUUAUACGGCUAAGAAUGACCGGGGUUUUGAUAUUUGCGAUAUCUCAAUACCUUAUCUGAUUAUUUUUUUGUACAAUCAAUAAAGCAUGCAAAGAGCUUUUUUUUCGAUAUAAUUAAUUAUUUGAAGAAAUGAGUAGGUAAAAAGUUACGAGGCCUGAAAGUGAAGCUCUUUGAGGCAAAUUUUAUUCCCACCGAUUCAUUCGUAUAUUUUUGUUUCUUUUUUUUAAAAGUUGUAUAUAACUUUAAAUGAUCUCUAAGCUUUUUUGAUUUAAUUAAAAAUCUUUUUUGCAAAAGGAAUAUAGGAUAAAUUAAUCACAAUAAGUUAAUUCAAUCAAUCAAUAUUUUUUUGAAAAACAUGUAGUACAAAAAGUUUAAUUAAAGCUUUUUGAAAAUUUGGAUAGAUUUUUUUGCUUAUCUUCCUCAUUUUGAAGCUUUCUUGGUAAAUUUUUUUAAAAGAAAUUGCGAAUAUAAUUCACCUUUUUAUUUCCAAAAAAAUCGAUAAUUGGAAUUUAUUCAACAAUCAUUGUUGUGAAAAAAAGGAAAUGCAGCUCUGACGUUCGAAAACUUGAUACUUUAGUGCAGAACUCUUGUUUUUCAUUCUAGAACCGACUUUGGCGAAUUCCAAUCCCACUAACGUCGAAAAGCGAUCAAAAGUACGAAAACUUGGGCUUAUUUUUGCAUUUUUGCAGGACGAGCAAGUUUUUGGCACCCAACAGAAGCGUCCCGUUCAGAACUUUAAUAAACUCAACGGUCUUUGGGGGAAACGGUGAGUUCAAUAUCUUAAAAAAAAAAAGUUUUUUUUUGAGGAGAACUUUUCGAGAAACUUCACAGAAGGAUUUGUAUCUGAGAUUUUGAGGGAUAUUUAAAAAAAUUAGUUCAAAAAAAUUUUUUUAAAUUUCUGUUUGAGAUCUUUUUUUGAAGUUUUCCACAGAAAAAUGAGAAAAAAAUGGCUGAGAAACCACAUAUUUUCCUUGGAAAAAUUCCACAUUAACUCAAUCUCAUUCAUAAACUGUAAACUCUCAAGUAAAGAUGUUAAUGAAAGAAUUAUAAUGCUAUAAAAAAUUAUGCCAGUUUUAGUAUAAAAAACUGUUCGAAUAAGAGCUUCAAGAGUGUGAAAUUCAGGAAAAUCAGUGCUUUUUUAUUUUGAAUUUCGCUUUAAAACUUUGGAAUGUGGCUUAAUUUGAAAACUGAGACUUAAAAACGCCAAAGUGGUCACUAGAUGGAAUAGAAAAAAAAAUCCUCAUAUCGAUUAAUCGGUUUUUGAUUUUUUUUUUUGUCGAAAAACGCUAACUUUUCGAGUUUUUUGCAUUGUUAUUCUCAUAGAAUUUAUGACAAUUAGAGAUCGCUCCCCCUAGAGUGGCCAUUUUUGCAGGCUGCAGUGCCCUCUAUAGGAUACAAUAAGAUGGCCCCAUGAAGGAAGCUUAUAAAAGCACCUAAGCUUCCCUCUCAAGGGACCACUCUGGCGUUCCUAAGAAUGUACUCCAAUUUUUCUUUCAUGUAAAAAACUCCGACUUAUUCCAAUAUUUGCAGAUCAGAUCCGUAUUUCGAAGUGUCCGAUUUUCAAAAAAGGUAACUUCAACUCUGAUUCAUAGACCAAUAAUCAAUGAAUACAUUUUCCAGAGCAGCUCAAUGGCAAAUGGCGAAUGGCUUGUGGGGACGUUAA